CCAGAAACAUCAUGACCCCAGACGCCCUCACCCCCACCGACCCCCGGGUCACCCACCACUUCACCACCAUCCCCUCCACCUCCCUAACCUACCACUACCUCCUCGCCAACCCCGCCGACUCAGCCUCCUCCCCACCAAAAGCCACCGUCCUCCUCCUCCACGGCUGGCCCGACCUCUCCCUCGGCUGGCGCUACCAAAUCCCCUUUCUUUUGUCUCUCGGCCUCCGCGUCAUCAUCCCCGACAUGCUCGGCUACGGCCUCACCUCCGCCCCCUCUUCGCCUGCCGAAUACUCCCUGAAAAAACUCUCUUCUCACCUGGCACACACCAUCCGCGAAGUCAACCCCUCUGGACCAGUUCUACUGGGAACCCACGACUGGGGCGCUUUCCUGGGUUGGAGACUGGCUAUUUACCACCCUGAGCUGAUUAAAGGGGUUUUUGCGUUUUGUAUUCCUUACAGCCCGCCGGAGGAGGGGAAAGAGACGAGCUUGGAGGAGCAUGUAAGAGAGCAUCCGGAGUUGGGGUAUCAGUUGCAGAAUGCAGGGGGGGAAGUGGAAGAGGUGGUGGGGGGGAUCGAGGAGUACUCGCGCAAUGGGCUUCAAGGGCCGAUGAACUGGUAUCGCACACGCGAGAUCAACUUGGAGGAUGAGCUACCGCUGGCUGAGAAGUACGCAUGCUGGCAGUUCCAGGUUCCUGCCAUGAUUGUCAUGGUUGGCCAUGAUCCUGCGUUGCCGCCAGAACUGACUGAUGGCAUGGAGAAGUACUUUGCUAAGGGGUUGAGGAAGGAGGUAAUUCCUGAGGCGUCGCAUUGGGUCUUGAUUCACACUCCUAAGGAGGUCAACAAGCUUAUUGGAGAGUUCUUGGAGCAGUUUCUGUGAUGUCCCAAGUUCUGAGGGAUGGAGGUUAGUUCGGCGUCUUGCUGUAAAUCAUGGUCAGUUCACCUUGCCGGUGGGAAUGCAUUCACGGUCAAAAUAUCGCCGGUUGCCGCUCAACACUGUUGUUCACCUUGUUCGGUGAGACCAUUGGCCAGGAACCGAGCGUGUUGGAAGUAUUGGGGCUCUAAUACCUGGUUCUUGUGAGGAGUUGUUUCUUUGUCUCAGAUGGGUGUUC